AAGGACGUCUAACUAUAGACUGAAUCUGAGACAUUGCUCACUUAAAAAUUUCAAUUGGAAAUGGAGGAAAAGAAAAGCAGUCAUUGGCUAGAUGCACUUUCUGAUGGCACAGCAGGUCUCACUACAAUAUCAUCUUGUCUGACUGUAUGCGAUUUGAGAUGUGACAGCUACUACAAACUUAUUGCCGCAGAAGUUCCAUUAUCUCUUGAACCUAAACCAGCACGUUUACGAGUUUAUAAAGGCAAUCAAGUUGUAAAUGAUCAAGCACUUCCUGGGUUUCCGAGUUCUGUACAAAGCCUUUAUAUUGAUGAAAUUGAACCAAAAAUGCCAAUAAUUGCGGUGAGUGUUGGACCAUCAAUUCUAUUCUAUCGAAAUAUGAAGCCAUAUUUCAAAUAUACAAUGCCGAGUUUGAUGAUUGAACCACUCGAGGAGGAAAUAUGGAAGAAAUUGUCAGUUGAACGACAGGCAAAUUAUGAAAAAUUAAUCAAUGAUCUUAAAUCGACGAUGAACAUUUCACAAAUGUCGACAUUAUCUCAAAAAUUGAUAUCGUUAUGUGAAUCUGAACGAGAAGAUUUUAUACGAGAAAAUUCAGAGCCGAAACUCGAAAGAUUAUCGGGUAUUGUUUGCAUGACAACAAUUUUUAAGAAUAUAGAGGAAGAAAAAGAACCAAACUGCUUAAUUAUUGCCACAGAAGCGAGUGAUAUUUUCAUUAUGGAUCCGCAAAAUUUUAGUAUUCUGCACGAAGCCCGUGUUUGUAGUUUUAAAGCAACACCGGAUCUAAUUUCAGCAAGUGGAUCCUAUCAAAACGACUUCAAAAUUAUCAUAUCAUCUCGUGAAGGUUCAAUUUGCAUACUCAGAAAAGGAUGGCUUGAGGGACGUGAAAUUGUCAAACUGGAAAAACCAGCAACGUCUAUGUCAUUACUGCAAAUUGAUCAAACAAUUGUCGUUCUGAGUAAUUCACUUAUGUGCUAUUCGAAGAAAGGAAAAAUGUUGUGGUCAUUGAAUAUGCCUGAGGCUGUAACAUGCUUGACGCCUGUCUCUUUACCACAUUUAGGGGUUUCAUUGGUAUGCAUUGCGUUGUCGAAUGGAUUAGUCCAAUUUUACUCACACAAAAAACUUGUAGACGAAUUUCAAAUUAAUGGAUCUGUCCUGGCAAUGUAUUUUGGAAAACUUGGACUGGAAGAGCAAGUACUUGUUUUAGUAACAAGAAACGGCUCGUUACUGAUAAAAAUCCUCAAAAGGACUGCUGAUUUUUCAAAGCCAAUAGAGACUGAAGAUAAACAUGAAGAAGAAUCAACAAGUUUAAGUAUUCCAAAGAAAUCAAAAAUAUUUCUUGAACAAAUGGAACGUGAACGAGAAAAUGCGGCAGCUAUUCAUAACAUUUUUCAAAGUGAACUAUGGCGAAUGCGUCUAGAAGCAGCAAAAGUGACAGUUGAUAUUUUAAGAACUGGCGAUUCAACAUUUUCUGGAGAUUUACAGACGCCAUUGAAGUUGUUGGCACAAGUUGAUGGUUUGGGUCCAGAUUUCUUAUUAACUUUGACUUUAGAGAAUAUUUCUGCAACAAAAAUAAUCACAAAUUUGGCAAUAAUUUUGCAUGCCAAUCCAAAUCAUUAUAAAAUUGAAAAAAUGUAUGCUGAAUUGACACCAUUGGUUCCAGGUAUCCCCUUAGUUGCCGAUUUUACCGUAAGAAUACAAUUAACAUCGGAAAAUACACUACCUGCCGAUAUGACUCUAGAGAACUCAAUAGUCCGUGUUUUAAUUGUGAAGGAAAAACUAGCAAAACCAUUGAUUGCAUCAACGGUUGUUAUGCCGCAACCAGAACUACAAAUGCUUGGCACAGUUUAAUUUAUUUUCUUGUUAAUAAGCAUAAGCAGAAUGUAUGUAAAAAGAAAGGAAAAUAAUUUGAAUUCGUUCUAUAAUAAAAUGCAGAAAAAUUUCCUCAGUAAAUAUGAUUUUUUUUUCUUUUCAUCUAAAGCACUCCCAUGUUCAUAAUUCAGC